GCUGCUUUCCUGAGCCCUCUCCACAGUAAUAUUCUUCAAUGGUAAUAUUCUUGAAGCAACAAGUGUGUUUCUCAGUACCUCAAUGUAUUAUGCAACGGUUAACUGCCCUAUUAUCAGCCUCAGGGUCACAUGGCAAGAUAACUAAUCAUUAGAAAAGUGUAUUUCAAAUUAAAUGAGAGGCUGGUUACUUCGUGGACAAGUGGAUUUAAAUCCAAGAUUUCUUGCUAUUGCUGGGUGCAUACACGAAGCCCUCACUUGUCUUCGAAGAACGCCAGGGUAAUAUCGCUGCUUCAGUGGGGCUGCCAUGAGGCUGGUACUUCCUAACCCAGGACUGGAUGAAAGGAUCCUUUCCUAUGAGGAUCUGGAGAGGAUGGAGAAGGAGGAGGCUGGGGAUAGGCCCAAGUGGGACAACAAAGCCCAGUACAUCCUAACCUGUGUGGGCUUCUGCAUUGGGAUUGGCAAUGUGUGGCGAUUCCCUUACUUGUGUCAAAGUCAUGGAGGAGGUGCCUUUCUGAUUCCUUACUUGAUCCUGCUGGUGCUGGAAGGGUUGCCUCUCUUGCUGCUGGAGUUUGCAAUUGGCCAGCGUCUUAGGAACGGCAGUGUGGGAGUGUGGCGGGCCAUCCACCCUUAUCUGACUGGUAUCGGUAUAGCCUCCAUGUUGGUUUCCUUAUUGAUUGGACUGUACUACAAUACCUUAAUAGCCUGGAUCAUGUGGUAUCUCUUCAAUUCCUUUCAGUCCCCACUCCCUUGGGCCCAGUGUCCCCUCAAUGAAAAUGCGACAGAAUUUGUAUCAGAGUGUCAACGAAGCUCCACUGUGGAUUACUACUAUUACCGAGUGACUCUGAAUAGUACAGCCUCUAUAGAGGACUCUGGAGGAAUCCAUUGGCCUGUGGUAGUCUGCCUGCUAGCUGCUUGGACGGUCAUCUUUAUCUGCUAUAUACGGGGAAUCAGCACUUCAGGCAAGGCGGUGUACGUCACAGCCAUUCUGCCUUACAUAGUGCUGGCCAUCUUCCUGAUCCGAGGACUGACUCUCAAAGGCGCCAUGAGUGGCAUAAAGUUCCUCUUCACACCAGACGUGGACGAGUUGAUGAACCCAACUACUUGGUUGGAUGCAGGUGCCCAGGUCUUUUAUGCCUUUAGCUUAGCAUGGGGAGGCCUCAUCUCCUUCUCAAGUUACAACCCUGUUCACAACAACUGCGUUCAAGAUGCUGUAAUCCUGUCUGCUAUAACUGGCCUCACCUCAAUAUAUGCUGCCACAGUCACAUACACCAUCAUUGGAUUCAGAGCUACAGAGAAAUAUGAUGACUGUAUGAGUGAUAACAUCAUGACAUUAUUAAAUGCAUUUGGCCUUCCUGAAGACAGCAUCAAUACAAGCAACUUUGAAGCAGCCUAUAAAUAUCUGUACACCAUCUACCCUGAUAUUGUUCCUGGAUUGGACAUCAAAAACUGUGACAUGCAGAAAUUGCUCAGUGAGGGAGUGGAGGGAACAGGUCUGGCCUUUAUUGUGUUUACAGAAGCCAUCACUAAGAUGCCUGGUUCCCCAGCCUGGUCUAUCCUCUUUUUCAUCAUGCUUUGCUGCUUGGGAAUUUCAACCCUGUUUGGCAACAUUGAAGGAGUGGUAGUCCCACUUAAAGACCUGAAUAUAUUACCUCGAAAAUGGCCCCAAGAAGCAGUAACCGGAGUGACAUGUCUUGUUGGCUUCAUCAUCUCCCUCCUGUUUGCGCAGCGUUCAGGGAUUUACUGGGUAACACUCUUUGACAACUUUGCUGGAUCUGUUCCUCUUCUGACCAUUGGAUUGUUUGAGAUGAUAGCUGUUGUGUACAUCUACGGCAUUGACAGGUUCAAUAAAGACUUGGAGUUCAUGGUCGGAAAAAAGCCCUGCAUCUUCUGGCAAAUUUCGUGGAUGUUCAUCAGUCCUGUAAUCGUUCUGGUUAUUUUAAUUUUCUACCUGGUGACACAGGCCCAAAAAGAGCUCACCUAUUUAGUCUGGGAUCCAAACUCUGAGUCGUUCCCGACUAUGGCAUCAGUACCAUAUCCGUCAUGGAUCAACGCUGUCAUCUUUCUUUUGGCAGGGAUCCCCAGUCUGGCAGUGCCUCUGUAUGCAUUAUGUAGGCUGGUCUAUGUUUGCUGCAAGAAAAAACGAAAAUCCAGUGAAGAAACCAGCCACAUUUUUGAUUAAAACAUUUCAGAAUGUAAUAAAACACAACAUUAUUUAAUUUGUUUUGUUGGUUUAUAAAAACUAUAUUAUUUAAAUUAAUAUGCUAUACAGUAUUUAUAAACAUGCAAAAGUCCCUAAGGCCACUGGAAACCCAAAUCCACAACAACCAUCCAACUAAAUUACGGGUUACAUGUAGAUGUACAUGUACAGUACAUAAUGGCGAGCAUCUAAAAUCUUAGGAAUCAGUUUAAAUCCAGAUUUGAAAUAUUGUCAUUUAAGUUUUUGUAAACCUUUGUGAUAUUUGGUUUGAAUUUGGCA